AUGUAUCUUGAGGAGUUGAUUAUCGAUGGUUUUAAGUCUUAUGCAGUACGAACAACAAUUUCUGGUUUUCAUCCACAAUUUAAUGCAAUAAGCGGUUUAAAUGGAACGGGAAAAUCGAAUAUUUUAGACUCAAUAUGUUUUGUAAUGGGAAUAAAAUCGUUACAACAGAUGCGUGUGACAAAAUUGGAUGAACUUAUUUAUAAACAAGGACAGGCUGGAGUAACAAAAGCCAGCGUUACUUUAGUCUUUCGAAACGAUGACUCGAAGCGAUCACCCGUUGGACUCGCAGAUCGUCCCAAAAUAACAAUAAGCCGUCAAAUUGUUGUCGGUGGUCGUGACAGGUUUCUGAUGAAUGGCCAUGCAGCACGUCCGUCGGACAUUCAAACAAUUUUUCAAUCAGUGCAAUUAAAUGUGAAUAACCCUCACUUUCUGGUCAUGCAGGGUCGAAUUACGAAAGUCGUCAAUAUGAAGCCGCAAGAAGUUCUUGGAAUGGUUGAAGAAGCAGCAGGUACUCGAAUGUAUGAAACAAAGCGAAACGAAUCCACCAAAAAAAUUGCAACAAAAGAAUCAAGACUUGCUGAAAUUGAACGCGUUAUCCAUGAAGAAAUUGAACCAACCCUGGAGGGGCUGCGGAAAGAACAAGAAGAUUACACAGCGGCAUUGCGAGGACAGGAAGAGUUAACGAGACUUGAUCGAUAUUGCCGAGGGUUUGAUUACUACAGGUAUGACUUAGAUUUGCGUGAUUCAUUAGACGAAUGGAAACUCAAGUCCCAAAAUUUGCAAGAUGCGCUGGCAAACCAUCAAAAAAGUCUUCGACUUUUGGACGAUCGUUUGAGAGAAGAAGAGCUUGAGUUAAGAAAAACCGAAAAAGGACGAGUGACGGAGCUGACUCAAGAAAAACGUGCGCUUGAGAACGAUCUUGCGGUACGCAAAGUUGCUAAUCAAGAGGCAGAGAAAGCAAAAAAUCGAUUCAACACUGAUCUGAAAAACAUGAAUCAAAUGCUUGAAGAUGCAAAAAAGCAAAAAGCAGCAUUAAUGAAAUCCUCAGAAUCAGAGCGAGCACAACUUGAAGACCGAACGAAGAAGGCGGCUGAUUUACAAAACUCUUUGGAAGACGCUAAAGCUGCAUUAGAGGAACUAAGAACGGGACACGUGACUGAAAAGAAAUCAAGAACAUCUCGACAAACAUUGAGACAACAAUUAACUGCGGGAGAAUUGCAUGUUACGAAAUUAGAAUCUGAGUGUCAACAGCUUGAAGCCACGAUAACGAAGUGGAGAAGUGAUUUGGCACAAUGGGCUUCAGCCGCAGCCUCGUCAAAUAAAAAUUCUCUAUCACAACAGCUGAGUGAACAACUAAAAGCAGAAAUAGAGAAAGUUUCAAAAUUGGAGGAACGCAUCAAACAAUUACAAAGUGUCAAAGAAACACACAAGAAAGCUGACAUGCAACAUAAAGAACUCGAGCAGCGGCUGAUUCAGUUGGAAGAUCGCAUCAAUGAGCUGAAGAGGCAAACUUACUCUGUUCAGCGAUUUCAUCAUGAAAAUCCGAAUUCGGGGGGGGUAGAAGGACUUGCUUUAGAACUGAUGAAAAUUAAACAAGAUGAUUUGCGCUAUUCAACCGCUUUAGAGGAAGCGGGGAAAAGCCGCUUGUUUAAUAUUGUUGUCCAGGAUGAUGAAAUAGCGAAAUCACUUCUUGAGAGAUACAAACAAUUGCGACGUAUCACAUGCAUACCGAUGAAUCGUAUUAAGGGAUCGGCCCUUUCUCUAGAGAAAGUGAAACAGGCAAAAUCCAUCGCUAAGCUUCCGACGCAAUCGCAUGACAUCAAGAGACCUCUCGAUGCUGUUGUUGCAACUGCGCCAGAAUAUCAAGAGUCUCUUUCAUAUGUCUUCGGUUCUUCGUAUUUAUGCGCGAACGCACAACUUGCACAAACUGUGUCCCAAGCUCCUGGUGUGAAAGCACUUGCGAUUACAAUUCACGGCGAUAGCUACAAUCCCAGUGGUUCAGUCAGUGGAGGAUCAAGCGCUGGUUUAGGAGGAAUACUCUUGAAAUAUAAGGAACUGGUUGAACUGAUGGAAGAAGAGAAAAACUUAAGAAAAGAAAUGAGUGGAGUAGAAUCUAAAAUGGAAGAAAUGGAGUCCCAAAUCAAAGAACUGGAGCGUCUCCAAAAUGAACACCAAACGUGUCAAAUUUCUAUUGAGGGAAUGCAAAUGACUUCGAAUUUGACUCGCGAUCUGGCCGUUCUGGAUGAACAAAUAGAGAAUUUGGAGACGCAAAUGGAGGAAAAGAGGAAAGAGGAUCUUUCAAGCUUAGAAGAAGACUUGAGGACAACUGCGACCGCACUGCAAGGUGUUGAAGCCGCAUUGAACAAAACAACAGAACAACUCCGAGAAGCAGAAGCUGAAAGUCACCAACGCAAUAGCAAAUUCACUGCAAUGUGUCAAGAGAAAGAUGAAUUGGAGACAGAUAUCCGAGAAUGUGAAGCUGAGAUUGCGAAAAACAAGCAUGCCUCACAAAGAGUUCGGCAAGACACUCAAGAAUAUGAACGAAGGCUUCAAUUUCUGAUAAGGGAUCAUUCUUGGCUUGAAGGCGUUGCCAACGAACUCAAUCAGCCGAACGGUGAUUUUGAUUUUAGCAAGCCAGAAGCACACGAUUGCCAUGAGCGUCUUGAAGGACUGAAACGUAAAGUUGAGCAACUUCAAAAAAGGGUUAAUCGAAGCGUCGUAGCAACGUUGCAAAAUGCUGAGAAGCAACUGAGCGGAUUGUGUGAGAAGAAAACACAACUGAUUCGCGAUAAACAGAAACUUGAGGAAUUUAUCGAAGAGCUGGACGUUAAAAAAAAGUUGGCUCUAGAAGGAUGUUGGAAACAGGUCAACGAAAAUUUCUCAGCCAUAUUUUCGAUGUUGCUUCCGGCGAGCGACGCCCGAUUGGCACUAACAUCUUCGAAGGAGCUGCAAGACGGGCUGGAGAUGAAGGUGACCCUUUCUGGAGUUCAAAAAUCUUCGCUGGGGGAACUCUCAGGCGGUCAGAGAUCGCUAUUAGCAUUGGCCCUGAUUCUCGCACUCCUAAAAUAUAAACCGGCUCCCCUCUACAUCUUGGAUGAAAUUGAUGCGGCUCUUGAUUUGAGCCACACACAACGAAUUGGAAAAAUGAUUCGAACACAAUUUAGAGGGUCCCAAUUUAUUGUCGUUUCUCUGAAGGAAAAUCUUUUUAGCUACGCGGAUGUUCUUUUCAAAACCAGUUUUUCUGGAGGGUCGUCUCAAGUCCAACGAACUGAAAAUCGCAAAAUUGAUGAAGAGGAUGAACAAAACGAAAAUUUAGCAGUUCAACGAACUGGUGGUCAACGGAUUCAAGCUUGUGUUCCUGUCGCUUUGUGUCCUUCGGGAUCGGAAGUCGACUGCUCGAAGUCAUCUGCAGCUGGAUUGUCCUUGGGAGCUGCUGCUGCUCUUGCCGUCGCAGCUCAUAUCGCUGCCUAA